AAUCUCGUAACAUUUCAAGCAGGAACAACGGAUACAUUGUCAUUGAAUUUGACAUUGUGGCGCUAAUGAUCCAGAUUUGGGCCGUACGUAUAGGUACCCCACUGUUCCACAAUUUUUUGGCAGGAAGAAUCCUUGCAAAUUCGUCUAAAGAAACCAUGUCUGACAGUGAAGGUCAGCUCUCCAAAUGCAGCAUCUGCAGAAGAGCGAAAAGGUGCGAGCUGUCCUGAGGCUGUGGCCACCAAGGCCUGAUUUGUUGGGGGACUGUUUGAAUCCUGUGCAACCGCUGCAAGCAUCCAGGAGAGCUUUCAAUCAAGCAAAGAGAAGCAAUUGUCUGGCCUGACAACAGGAAAGAUGUCAGAUCCGACGUACAAUAUGAUCAGCGAUUUUGUGGGCAAAUUAAAGAAUCAGUUGAAUAAAGAGAAAGAGGAGCAAGAGGCAAGAGAAAAGGACUUUCACAGGCAUUUUCAAGAACGGGAAUUUGAAAUGGAAGAGCGAGAGUCUGCAUGGAAGAGGGAGCUGGAGCGACGAGAGCGAGCAUGCGAAGAUGCGGAGAGGAAGCUAAGGGAGGAGCGACUUGCUCUAGACAAGCAAAAACGGGUGUUCGAAGGAAAAGCUGAGGAGGGGGACGGGGUACUAGAAAUUACCCUGGGAAAAGAAAACUAUCGAUGUUUGCGCUUUGCAAAGAAACGGAGUGAUUAUUAGGAGCUGGCAAGGCUUUCUCAUACUGAAUUUUCCUUUACCGCAAGACUGCCAAUGCAAAGACUGUUCGAUUAGAAAGGAGGUGCUAAGGUUUCUGAAGCGACAGAAAACAUGCGCAAGCGCUGCAAAUUCGGAAGGUAAGAAGCAUUGCAUCCAUCACGUGAUGUAGGGCUCAAAAGCUAGUCUCUCAUUGCAAACAGCGCAACUAGCGGACGGUCAGCUUCUGGGUAGUUGUAAAUAGAGGUUGGUUUAGCUGCUAAUGAUGAGGUUUCGGUUUUACGCUUAGGAUGAUCGAGGGAUUGGAUGGGGUUGGCAAGCGGGACCGCAUUGAUGGGGCCAACCAUGUCUUUCACAUGGUUUUUCAGUCACUGGGAUUGCUUCAAUCUCGGGGUGAUGCAUUCCACUUUCUAUCUCAUCAAAUCCCUCCAAUGGACU